GUAUGGUGGAUAUGUGAUGCUGAAAAUUCGCAUCCACUUAGUGGACAGCUUUACACUGGACAGUCGAGUGCCGAUCGUGAGAAAAACGUUGGUGAGAGUUGUCAAAGACUUGGUGGCACCGUACAAAGGAUCUGGUAGAAACAUUACAAUAAAUAAUUACUUCACUACUCUGCCAUUGGCAAAAUUUUUACUUUCCUGGGAUUUAACAAUUGUUGGCACUUUGAAGAAAAAUAAAACGUACAUUCCACCAGCGAUGGCUGCAUUGAAAACACGAGAAGAAUUAUCCACUGUGUUUGGCUUUCAUGAAAAUAUAACUAUGUGCAGUUAUGUGCCAAAGCAAAAAAAGGCAGUGAUUAUGCUAUCAUCAAUGCAUCAGGAAGCAAAAAUUGGUGAUGAUGCAAAGAAAAAACCCGAAAUUAUUGAAUUUUAUAACUGGUCAAAAGCUGGAGUGGACACGAUGAAUAAAAUGCUUGGAAGAUAUACUACAAAAAGAUCAACUCGAAGGUGGCCUCUAGCAUUUUUCUACAAUAUUCUUGAUGUCGCCUGCCUUGCUGCAAAUAUUCUUUAUUAUGAGAACAAUAAAGUGCUUCCGAAAAAAUCGUACGAACGACGAUUAUUUUAUCGGCAACUGGGCAGAGAGCUGUGUACUCCAUUCGUCGAAGAUCGUUCGCGAAAUCCUCAAAUCAUGAGGCAUUUCACAACGAAAGUGGCGAUUGAAAGUUUUUUUGGUAGAGCUAUAAAUCCAUAUGUGCAGCCAACAGCAUCUGGAUCUUCAACACCUCAGGCACAGCUCGAUUCAACCGGGAGAAAAAAGAUUACUGGUGUAUGCUAUGCUUGUCUCCAAAGCGAAUUCAAAAAACGUCGCAAAACUCGGAAAUCAUGCUCUGUAUGUGAGUUACCUAUUUGUGAUGCACAUUCUACUUCAACCACGACAUGUCAAGAGUGUGCAAAAUAAUUAAAUUUACCUGUUUGUUAAUAUGCCUAUUUUAACCUACUAUCUUUACUGAUGUUUAUAAUAAAAAUUGUUUAAACCAAGGAAAUUACAAACUAUAUUGUUGAUUAUUUAUUAAAAAGUCAAGUCACAUAAAUACUUUAAUAAGUGGUCUUUCUAGUGUGUAUAAAAAGUGAGUACCCGGGUACCCGGUCAUUAAACGGAGGAGGUAUCGACUUUGAUAGUUAAUAACUUUUAUUAAAUGAAUGAAUUAAAAAAAUUUUGACGAAAAACUAACGUCAAACUACUUCAACUCUGGGGAUCCGACCGUUCAAAAAAAUUUUUUCAGGGGAAAUUAACAAAUUCUACAUUGCAAACUGAAAUGGAUACCCGGGUAGCUGGUUAUUGACCUGACGGUUAAUAUAAAAUGUAGAGUCAACUUACAAAUCAGAGCUCUUGUACAGCAUUUGGGGAAAAUUCGUCUAAAACAAAUCGUAUAAUCACAAUUUAUCUAAAACAAUUUUUCUAAUCACAAUUCGUCUAAUAAUAAUUAGUCUAAUAACCGUAUAGUAACAAUUAGUAUAAUAACAAUUCGUCUAUUCAUCAUUCAUUUAAUUGCAAUUCGUCUAAACAAUUUGCUUAAUAACAAUUCGUCUAAUAACAAUUCGACUUUCACACCAAAUUUGUUUAUAUUUUUUCAAUGUUAGGCAUCCAAUAUUUGUGAUGGGCUUAGAAAUGUUUCGUUAGGUUAGGUUAGGUUGUAACCGUUUCACUGUACUAUUCCCUUAAAUGAAUCCUCUUUCUGUUCCAGAUGAAUCCAAGGAUGCCUGUAUCUGCAGCCCACCUAAGUUUGUGUAUCCAUCCUUCGAGUAAUUUGCUUAUUUGAAUCACACUUGAAAGUAAUUCCUCGAUCACAGAUGAUGUUACACUCCUAAUGAAAAUCCCUCUUUAAUGGUAGAUCCAUUAGAGAAGCGUUGACGGAUCACGGUUCGUUAAUUAUCGGUCGUUAGCUUGUUUAACCAACAACAAGCAAGGUGUCGGUGUGUCAGUCCUCCUGUCCUUAUUUGCCACAAACUCUUCUUAAAUGAGUGACACCUACUCAGGUUAAUCACUAUUGUUUCUCUUCUUUCAGGUGUUCCAGGAUCUCCAGCCAGUUGCAGCACUUCAGGUAAGUAUGAAAUAAUUGCUUUAAUAAUUAUUCCGUUCUUUUGUUUCAGGUCUUCCAGGAUCAAUAGCGGUUCCAGUAAGUUCAGAUUCCCCGUAUAUAAGACACUUCACUAGCCACAGGUGGCGGACAGCGAAACGCACUCCUGACGCGCUCGACUCCGACUGAACUCUGGUGGUUUUGGCGCUCGCUUAUACAAGCCCCGGACGGGUUCCCCUUACGCGCCCCCACUAAAAAAACUAAUAUAAAUUCUCAUAUAAGCUAUCCAACUACAAACUAAAGUAUGGGUUGAACAUAUACGGUGAGCAUAAUAUCUUAUUUUUAAUAAUAUUUUACAGAGUUGAGUGUGUGGGACACACUCUAUCUUGUCUAUCGAACUUUAUCUUGAUCUGAGCUUAUAUACAAUCAUUCUAGAUCCUAAUUAAUGCAUUAUGAGCAACUAAACAUGAAUAUUUCAUCUUAUAAGUGUGGAUACAAAUCUUUGUAUGUAAUAUGACUUUCGCUAUAUCCUAGCUAUAAAAGAUGUUUAUCUACCUUAGUUAGACGCUUUCUGAGCAAUACUUUAUGCUAAUUAUGUUCAUUAAAGGUUCCAACAAACAUUUUGAACUAUUUAACUUGUUCGAAUUAUACUUCUCCCAGAACGUUACCUGGGCAUGCUUUUAGUACAUUAUGAACGUAAAAUCUUGGUUUAAUACAAAAAAUAAACGUUUUGAUGUUCGCCACUUAUCUUUGUCUGGCUAUAAUAUCUUUAUGUUAUCGCGAUCAUCUGAACUUCCUCAAAAUAAUUUAGUUUUAGUAUGACUUUUAAAUUUAACCCAUAUCAAAACUCAUUUGCUUUUUGUGGGCACGCAUUUGGUUUUUAAAACAGAGUUAUUCACCCAUCGGUUGCAAGGUUAGGUUGUAACCGUUUCACUGUGUCCCUCCUUUAAAUGCAUCUUCCCUUCUGUUCCAGAUGAAUCCUGAGAUGCCAGAUCCUUAGUUUUAUUUAAAAUAAUAAAUUCUAUGUGGAAAUUUAUUAUUAUUUACUUAUACGGGAAUCUUCCCAUACAAGGUUGAAAUAAAUAAAGACACUUCGUUAAUUUAAUAUUAAAACACAAGCACUUGUUAUUUAUUAAAUAAGAUGAUGAUUUACAACACGAUAUUGCGUAUACUUCGCGUAAUAUUCCGAUAUUUCAGUACGUAGUAAAGUAACGACGAUAUAG